AUGCUCUCCUCCCCCAGCUGUAUUCUUGAGAAAGAAGCGCUCUUAACAACGGUGCCCACUACCCUAGGGAUAGAACGGGUUCUCGGGAUACUAAGUGUGGAUCUGGCAACCGCGUUUCGUGGCAAGGAGAAAGGCUGCUUUUUCGGCGACCUUUCUCCCAUCAGCGACGAGUCCACACUUCUACGCAGUGCUGAUGACUAG